AUGUCCGGCGAAAAGCGAGCGGCGUCUUCGUCCUUUGGAGGGAGCACACAAAUGGUCAAGAGACAGAAAUCAGAUGCAGACCUCAAUGGCGGCGCAUUGACAAGGACCAAUGGCGGCAGCAGCGCACUCAUACAAGGGUCCUACUCUAAUGCAUCUAACCUACAAUCUCCCGUCAUGCAACUCACAGGGCACACGGCCGAAGUCUUCUGCGGCCGCUUCUCCCCGGACGGUGCACAUAUCGCCUCCGGUAGCAUGGACCGGUCGAUCCUUCUCUGGAACACAACCGGUGACUGCGCCAACUACGGCCUCCUCUCAGGCCACAAAUCCGCCAUCCUCGACCUGCACUGGUCGCGCGACAGUCAAGUCAUCUAUUCCGCCUCCGCCGAUAAAACAGUCGCAUCCUUCAACGUGGAAACAGGCGAGCGGAUACGGAAACACGUCGGACAUGAAGAGGUGAUCAACUGCCUCGACGUGUCCCGUCGCGGCGAGGAGUUUCUCGUCAGCGGAAGCGACGACGGAAGUAUAUCAAUCUGGGACCCUCGCGCCAAAGCCGCGAUUGAAUACAUCGAGACGCAAUACCCGGUGACCGCAAUCGCGCUGUCAGAAGCAGGGAACGAGUGCUACUCGGGAAGUAUAGACAACGACAUCCAAGUGUGGGAUCUGCGGAUGAAGAAAGUCCAAUAUACCUUGACCGGGCACGUGGACACCAUCACUUCCCUCGCCGUGUCGCCCGACGGUCAAGAAUUGUUGAGUUACGCCCUCGACUCGACGGUGCGGACGUGGGAUGUGCGGCCGUUUGCGCCGAAGGAGCGAGGGGUGAGGGUGUUUGAUGGAGCGAAUGUGGGGUUGGAGAAGAAUUUGGUAAGGGCGAGUUGGGACGCGGAGGGGAAGAGGAUAGCUGCGGGAGGUGGAGAUGGAAGCGCGACGGUUUGGGAGAGUAAGACGGGCAAGAUGCUACAUAAGUUGCCUGGGCAUAAGGGGACGGUGAAUGAUGUGAGGAUAUCACCGGAUGGGUCGAUGGUGCUGAGUGCUAGUACGGAUCGGUCGUUGUUGCUGGGAGAGCUGCCGCGGUAG